CAUGUACUACACUGGAGUGCUGAAAUCCACUGUGAAGAAGGACCGGAUUCCUGUCACCCUCAAACCGCAAGAGACCAAGACUAUUCCUUGGACUUUGCUGUAUAAGGAGUACAUGAAACAUCUGGUGGACCAGGGCGCUCUGAUGCUCGCGGUCACCGGACGAGUCAAUGAGACCCGACAGAUUCUGGCCACACAGUUCAACUUCAGACUGCGCACACCAGACCUCAUCAUCACUGCUCUAGGGGAUGCUGUGGUGGGUAAAGAGUUGACAGUCAAAAUCACGUUCCAGAACCCGCUGUCACAAGUGUUGAGGAACGUUUUGUUCCGUAUAGAGGGAUUGGGAAUGCAGAGCAUUAGGAAGAUCGCAUAUGGUGAUGUGGAUAAGCUUGCGAUGGUUACACUGACGGAGAAGUUUGUUCCCACCGUCGCCGGCUCUCAAAAGCUCCUGGCAUCGAUGGACUGCCGUCUGCUCACUCAAGUGCACGGAGUCGCUGAUAUUGUGGUCAAACCAAAGUAAAAAA